GAAGCCUGCCACUGACAUACAACCAGGAAGAAGGAAGGUGGGAUAGCUCUAACAAAGCUAAAAUCCCUAAUCUGUCUGCAAACUUUUGGCCUGAAAAUGACGGGGUCGACCAGGUGGAAGAUAACUGUGGUGACCUUGCUGUCCGCGGUGGGAGUGUUGCAGCCGGUUCGCGCGGAUGAGCACGAACACACGUAUACAGAUAAAGAAGAGGUCGUUUUAUGGAUGAACACAGUGGGGCCAUAUCACAACAGACAAGAAACCUAUAAAUACUUCUCCCUUCCCUUUUGUGUGGGCACCAAAAAGACAAUCAGUCACUACCAUGAGACACUGGGAGAAGCUCUUCAAGGAGUGGAGCUGGAAUUCAGUGGUUUGGAUAUCAAAUUCAAAGAUGAGGUCAUGCAGACAACUUACUGUGAGAUUGAGCUGGACAAAGCCAAACGAGAUGCUUUUGUUUAUGCCAUAAAAAAUCACUACUGGUACCAAAUGUACAUCGACGAUCUGCCUAUAUGGGGGAUUGUUGGAGAAGCAGAUGAAAAUGGAGAAGAUCACUACCUUUGGACAUACAAGAAGCUGGAGAUUGGUUAUAACGGCAACAGAAUUGUUGAUGUGAAUUUAACAAGUGAAGGAAAGGUCAAGCUUGUGCCCAACACAAGAAUUGCAAUGUCCUACUCUGUGAAGUGGAAAAAAUCUGAUGUGAAGUUUGAAGACAGAUUUGACAAGUAUCUGGAUCCAUCCUUUUUUCAGCACAGGAUUCACUGGUUUUCAAUUUUCAACUCUUUUAUGAUGGUGAUUUUUCUGGUGGGCCUGGUGUCUAUGAUCCUAAUGAGGACAUUACGGAAAGACUAUGCCAGAUACAGCAAGGAAGAAGAGAUGGAUGACAUGGACCGGGACCUGGGUGAUGAAUAUGGCUGGAAACAGGUCCAUGGAGAUGUGUUUCGGCCCUCCAGCCACCCCAUGAUCUUCUCCUCACUCAUUGGCUCAGGCUGCCAGAUAUUCUCUGUCUCCCUUAUUGUCAUAAUCGUUGCCAUGAUUGAAGAUCUGUACACGGAGAGAGGAUCAAUGCUCAGCACUGCAAUCUUCGUCUAUGCUGCUACUUCUCCAGUGAAUGGUUACUUUGGUGGAAGUUUGUAUGCAAAACAAGGUGGAAGGAGAUGGAUCAAGCAAAUGUUCAUUGGAGCCUUCCUGAUCCCUGCCAUGGUGUGUGGGACUGCCUUCUUCAUCAACUUCAUUGCCAUCUACUACCACGCCUCCAGGGCCAUACCUUUUGGCACAAUGGUUGCUGUUUGCUGUAUCUGUUUCUUUGUCAUUCUGCCUCUGAACCUGGUUGGUACAAUUCUGGGCAGAAAUCUGUCCGGCCAGCCAAACUUCCCUUGCCGUGUGAACGCUGUGCCUCGGCCUAUCCCAGAGAAGAAAUGGUUCAUGGAGCCCGCGGUGAUUGUCUGUCUGGGAGGAAUCCUACCCUUUGGCUCCAUUUUUAUUGAAAUGUAUUUCAUCUUCACCUCAUUCUGGGCCUACAAGAUUUACUACGUGUACGGCUUCAUGAUGCUCGUCCUGGUCAUCUUGUGCAUUGUGACUGUUUGUGUCACGAUUGUCUGUACCUACUUCCUCCUCAACGCUGAAGACUACAGAUGGCAAUGGACAAGCUUCCUGUCAGCAGCAUCCACUGCUGUUUAUGUUUACAUGUAUUCCUUUUACUACUACUUCUUUAAAACAAAGAUGUAUGGCUUGUUUCAAACAUCCUUUUAUUUUGGGUACAUGGCUGUGUUCAGCACAGCUUUGGGAAUAAUGUGUGGAGCAGUUGGUUACAUGGGAACAAGUGCCUUCGUGAGGAAGAUCUACACAAACGUGAAAAUUGACUAGGAUAAGUAACACCAUGGGAUUUGUGGAUCAGCUUCAGGUUUUCCAACAGAAGUGGCGCAAUUCAUUUUUGCAAGAAGAGAUUGUGGUAUAUUACUUUGUACAAAUGUAGUUUUCCAUUUUCUGAAAGAGUUCAAGAAUGCAACCUGAGAAAGUACAAAAGCAAAAUGAAAAUGCUUACAUCAAGUUAUGUUUUUAGGUGACUGCUGUCAUGAAUUUUUUCUGGAGCAAAUGCUUGGGGUAUAUGCAGUAAGAUUAACUACACCACAGCUCCCCCUCAUGCAACCUUCCCAUGUCCCAAAAAAGAACAUAGCUCAUUACUGAUGAAUAGUCUAGCUCUCUUCAGUGAAGAGGACAGAGCCUAAGAAAAGCAUGUUCUAUUACGUAAGAAAAAGGCAGAGUUGGAUGCCUCUACAGACUGACUUGGAGGCCAUGUGGAUCUGAGUCACUCAGAAUGCCAUUAUUAUUCUACUCUGGUUUCUACAUUUCUUUCUUUUUU